AUGUCGAAAGCGAAAGAUGCCGUCCCCAAAAAGCGCGGCCCCAAAACAGACGUCCUCGAAGCCCUGCUCAAGCGUGUCGACGGUCUCGAGAAACGUCUGCAGGAUGAAAAUAAAAAUCCCAUCUCGCCCACCUCACCCGUCGAGCCGGACAAGGAACCUCCUGAUCCGUCCGCCUCAAUGCAUGCCCUCGCCCGCGCAUCCACCUCCAGCACAUCCACUACCAACGUCCCCCCAUCCGAACCUUUUCCACGGCCAUUCUCCUUUCCGUCGCAGCCGUCGCCUCCCGUGCAUUACUUUGCCCUGCCGGAUUCCAUGUUGGAUGCGUACUUUGCCCGCAUCCAUGGCAAACCCUACUUCAUCCUGGACGAGUCGGUGACUCGGCAGAGUCAUCAGAUGGGGCAAUUGCCUGCCGCUUUGUCGAUGGCCAUCUACGCCAUUACCUUGCGCACUGACCAUUGCAGAUAUACGAGCUCGCCGAACACCUCCGAACAGUCCCUGCGAAUGGCCCUGGAUUAUGCCCUGCAGGCCCGACGCAUGGUAGAUGUCGAUCAACCGACCAUGGAUGGGCUACAAGCCCUGCUCCUACUCUCGCAGACAUACUUUGCUCAUGGUCUGGGCAAAAAGGCCUAUAUGACUUUCACCAACUGUGCCUCCAUGGCCAUUGCUCUGGACCUCUACCGCGAGCCCCCGAAGGGUCUGCCUGCAGUGGAACGCGAGAUGCGCCGCCGGCUCUUCUGGGCCGUCUACAUCAUGGACCGCUUCCUGACCUGCGGCUCGAAACGUCCCGGCCUCAUCGCCGACCACUCCAUCGUCCUGCGGCUCCCCGCUUGGUCCCCGCAUACGGCCGGACUCAACGUCGAGGGCGAGCUCUUCAACAAUGUCGGCCCCAACAUCCAGUACUCGAGCGACCCGCGCCGUAAACCCGGGGCCACCGCCCUCCUCAUCGACAUCACCCGCAUCCUGGGCAUCACCAACCGCUACCUGGCCGCCGGCGGCGUCAAGGGCGACUCGCACUUUCCCUGGCACUCGCUGUCCAACCUGUCCAAGAUCCGUCAGGAACUGGACAUCUGGGCUACCGGUACCCAGGAUGUUUUUGCUUCGGUGGAAGCGCUGUUCGGCCAUCCCGAGAGCUCCAUCCUGCUGCUGAGCAAGCUCAUCUAUCAUCUCGUCCACUGUCUGAUCUACCGCCCAUUCCUGCCGAUUGACCUGGCCGAGCUGCGUGGCACCGGCCAGCACCAGUCGUGGCAGAUCGAGGCGACGAACCUGUGUUUUUCGCACUCCAACGCCAUUGCCGAGCUCGUCGAGCUGGCCCGCAAUUCCCCGCUGAUCGAAUGGCCUGCCUUUGUCGGGUACUGCGUCUGCACGGCGGGAACGGUCCACGUGCACGGGGUGCACUACAAGGGCCGCGAGGGCGAGGUGUUUUCGUCCAGCGCCGAGUUUCUUACUCGUGAGAUGCACCAGCUGACCUGGCUGGGGUCCUACUGGGCCGGCGUCCAGCACCAGCGCGAGAUGCUGCAGACCAUCUACACCUGUCAUGCCGAACUGGUCCGCACGCUGGCCACCAGUCCCAUGCGCUUUUCGCCCGUCUUUCACCUGGAAGACUUUUUGGAUCGCUAUCCCGGUCUGACGGCCGACGGGUCGCACGUGCGCCUGGUCGAUAUGGAUGAUACCCCCCAAUUGGACCCAUACUACCGACCCAUGACCGCAUAUCCCAUGUACCAUAACCAACCGCCUCGCGCGCCCGUCACCCUCCCAUCCAACCACAGCCCGUCACCACGCCGCGACUCGCACAGCACCGCCAGCACCGCGACCAAGCCGCCCGGCGUCUCGUCCCCAUCGCUCACCUUUCAUCCCUCGCAGCAUCCCCAGCCCUCGCCGCAACUCCAAUCCACGUUUACGCUCGGCAAUGCCGACCUGACCCAUCCUUCUUCCUCGGAUGCCAGCAACGGUCACCACCAUCCCCACCCCAAUCACCACAACCACAACCACAAUCACAACCACAGUUUCUCCCCACCACCCCCAUCAGCCAUGUUCGGCUUCUCGCCGCCCGCCUUCCUGACAGAAUCCCUGCACGUGGCGCCCACUCCGCCCUCACACCCGCAGUACGCCACCUUCCCCUUCGACAGCAGCAGCAGCAGCAACAACAACAACAACAACAACAACCAUCAAAACCACACCGGCCAAACGAUCAUGACGCCCGGCGCGCAGUCCCAGGCCAGUUCAUCACAUACUGCCGGCGCCGGCGGCGGCAGCAGCGAGGCGGGGUCCAUCGAGAAGGAUCCCUUCCUGAGUCUGCUGGAGCAGUUGGCGGAGAACGAGCAGAAUUCCGCGGGGGGGCCGAGUGAAUUGGAUUUCUUCCUUGGGGGGGUGGACGUCGAGGUGGGUGAGAAGGAGUAG